AUGUUUGGCUUCCAAGCAAGCCCCCUCUUUCUGGACCCCUCCGGGGCCUGGUGGCAGGACCCACCACCGUCCCUGGCCAGGGUGGAUUCCUCCUGGGACAUGGCUGAUAUGGCAGCUCGGCAGAAGGCCGCGGACGAAGACUCAGACCUGAGCCCGCUGGAGGGGGACAGCGCAGAGGAGCUGGGUGUGCUGGACCCGGAACUGGAAGCCAUCAAGGCCAAAGUCCGUGAGAUGGAGGAGGAGGAUGAGCGGCUCAAGGAGCUGCAGGCUGAGGCCAAGAACCACCUCAUCCUGAGAUCGCAGGCAGGUAUUCCCGUUCCUAGGACCACAGAGGAGAAAAUUGAGGCUGAUCAGAGAUCCAUCUACGUGGGCAAUGUGGACUACGGUGGAACAGCAGAAGAGCUGGAGUCCCAUUUCAAUAGCUGUGGGCAGAUCAACCGAGUGACCAUCCUCUGUGAUAAAUUCUCUGGACAUCCCAAAGGGUAUGCUUACAUUGAGUUUGAAGACAAGAGCUCUGUGAAGGCAGCGGUGGAGCUGGACGAGAGCAUGUUCAGAGGCCGGGUCAUCAAGGUCCUGCCCAAGAGGACCAACAUGCCAGGUAUCAGCACAACUGACCGUGGGGGCUCCAGGGGCCGUUUUCCAAGCAGGGGGGGCCUGUCUCAAAGGGCAAACGUCUAUGGAGUGCUGAGAUCAAGACCCCGAGGGAGAGUGUACAGGUGAGCAGUGAUGUUCCCUGCUGACAGGAGGUCGGCAGUAGAAUGGAGAAUCCCAUGUGCACUCCUGCCCGGCAGGGGUUUGGUGUGGGAUGUCUCCAGGCCUGUCGCUGUGGUAGCAAAAUCAGCUCUGCAAUUGGCAUGAGGAGGGCAUUUUCCCUGGUCACUAGGUGUCUCAAGCAUAGGCUGUCCCUAUCAGACCAGCUGCUGGGUGGUCAGCACUCCAGAAGCUCUGGGAGGCUGGGAAUAUCACAAAGCACUCACCUAGCCCUUUCCAUGGCUAAGGCCUGGGACAAACACCAGCAGAGUCCCUACACCUGCCAGGGAGUGGGGGAUAGAAGGUGGGAGUAUUUAUCCCCGUUUUCCAAAAGGAGGAAACCCAGGUGGCGACACCUGCCCCAAAGCUGCACACUCCCUGUAUCUGCACUAGACUCUUCUCUGAGCUUUCCUCCAUGGCUACCUGCAGUGCCAUGAACAGUGUGAGUGCUACCGUAGACUGGCUGCGGGCACUUCAGUCUCCAGGCGGCCUGCCUGGCCCUGCUUGGAACAGAUCUAGGUGAUGUAGGAGUGAAAACGAGGCCCAGGUAACUGCCAGCUAUGCAAGUGCUCCCCUCGCUCGGUGGGAAAACUUGGGAGAGAAAGGUCUAGCAGAACCAAGGCCAUUGAAUCAGCCUGCAGGCCAUGCUUACUCCCUUAGCCCACGUUGCCUCUCUAUUGUAAUGCGCUCUUUGUUUUAAUGGCUGGCUGCUGCCGUGUUUGUUCUGCAGUAAUCCCUUUCCUUGGUUUAGGGUGGGUUUCCACUCUGAUUUCGAAGUCGCUCCAAUUGUCAGUCCAUGUAAGCUGUCCCAUUUAGAAGAGGAGGCAGGGCUAUGCAAGGGACAGAGUGCAAGAAUACAGACAGGACUUGCUAAGGGCAAGCGGAGCAGGGGGUUAAUCAACACAAGCCUUGAUACUUCUGG